UAAUCUUUAUAAUUAUCAGCUCAAUGUUCACAUUAUAAUGAGGUUUCUCUUUGUGUUUUUAGUCCUGAUUUCAAACAUCUGCUCUCAACAUACUGAAGAAGCACCAAAAGCCACAGUGAGCAUCAAACCUGCUCAACAUGUGUUCAGAGGAGAGACAGUCACUCUCAGAUGUGACGUAUAUAGUGAAGGAGUCAGUAGCUGGGAGUACAGCUGGUAUAAAGAAGGUUCAAGUGUUGUCAGUGAACUACAGGAACUCACAUUCAGUUCUGUUACUGAGUCUGACGCAGAUAAAUACUCCUGUAUCGGUGCAGAGAGAGAAGGAUCACGAACAUCACGCCGCAGUGAUGAAGUUACACUGACAGUAUCAGUUCCCAGAGCAGUGUUAAGUGUUUCUCCACAGAGGUGGUUGACUGAAGGAGAUUCAGUGACUCUGAUCUGUCAGGUUAAUGGUUCCUCUACAGGCUGGACAUUCAGCUGGUUCACUCAAACUCUCUCAUCAGACAACAGCAAUCAUUAUAAGCAGCUCUCAGACAGCAGCAGAGGAGCUGGAGGAAACUACACUGUCAGUUCUGCUGAUCUAAAACACACAGGAGUUUAUGUGUGUGGAGCAGAGAGAGGAAAACCAGCCUAUAACUCAGACGUCAGCAACACACAGCUACUGUGGGUCACUGGUGUUUCUCCUCCAGUCUCUCUGAUCGUCAGUCCCAGCACAACUCAACACUUCACAUCUGUCUCUCUCUCUCUGAGCUGUGAGGAGCAGAGUAACUCUGGUAGAUGGAGAAUGAGAAGAUACACAGAUGGAUGGGGACGGCUGGAAGGCUGUUCAUCAGUGUGGGGAUCACAAAAAGGAUCCACAUGUUCAAUCAGAAAAACCAUCCCAGAAGACACUGGAGUGUACUGGUGUGAGUCUGAAUCUGGAGAGAACAGUCAUCCUGUUAAUAUCACUGUACACCCUGGUGUGAUUCUGGAGAGUCCUGUUCAUCCUGUGACUGAAGGAGAGACUCUGACUCUACGCUGUUUAUAUAAAUACUCAACUCCAGCAAACCUCAGAGCUGAUUUCUAUAAAGAUGGGUCACUCAUCCAGAGUCAAACGACAGAGAUGAUCAUCUCUACUGUCUCAAAGUCAGACGAGGGUUUCUACUCCUGCAAACACAGAGAGAGAGGAGAGUCACCCGAGAGCUGGAUCUCAGUCACAGCUUCCUCCAGAACAUCAGGAUCUGAUGAUCUCAAUCCUGUGAUAGUUGGAGUGACUGCUGGACUCACAGUUUUCAUCAUCGUCGUCUUGGUCCUGCUGUGGCGCUACAGAAACUACAAAGUUUCUGUUUGUCUAGGUGGAAGAUCUCAGUCUCUCUCUCGUGUCAGUGAACAGAAGAACAGCAGUCAGACGUCAGAGCAGAACCAGAGUGAAGCGGGACAUAAAACACUCAUGUCUGAAACUGCUCAUAUUUAUGACUCUUGUGAUGCCACAAUUAAUAAAGACAUAAGCACAGAUACAGAAGACAUUGUAAGUGGACCUACUGAACUCACCUACGCUGAGAUUGAGCUCAAAUCUACAGAGAAACAGAAGAAAAAGAAAGAAAACAAAGGUAAUAUGAGUGAAGGUUCAGACACUGUGUACUCUCAGCUGAAUCUGGAAACCCAUCAAGCCUUUGAGAGCUCUCUGGACCAUGGGCAGAUCCUAUGAAGAAAGCGUGAAGAGCCGUGGCGAAUGGAGCCUCCUGGAUCUCCUCAGGAAAUGAACAACUAGGUUGUUCCACCAAAGGUUUUCCUCCGCAGCCAUCUGCUGUCGUAAAACUAAUUAAUGAUCCACAUGAUGACCGAUUGUUGAGACCGGCUUCCUGUAAAGGUCUGGUCCUUAUCCCUCAGUUGAUCGCAACUGCUAAAACCCUAACUCAAUCAGCAGGAGAGAAGAAACUCCCCCGUCUGAAGACCCUCCGAGGGCCAGAUGUGCCGUGAUACUCAUGACCAUUUAAUGGAUAAAUUGAUAAAUCCAAUCAACUAAAGAGACAAUUUUAUGGCUCAACAUCCUAUAUAAGACCUCAAUGUCUUAUAUAUGCUUGAUGUGUUUCAUGUAAUUUGUGCAACUUUAAUCAAUGUUUUAUAACCCCUUUUUAGCAGGUAAAGCUAUUAAUGUCUGUAUAAGAUAUUUCUGAUAUUUGAGCUUGAAUGAAAGCAUAUUUUAUGUGCAAGACUUUGGUAUGAAUGAAAAGUGGGAAGUAUGUAUAAUAUUUUAAUACAUUAAGAAACUUUAUAGAAGUAUUAAUACAAUUCUGGCAAGGAUGUUCCCCACAUGAUAAAUUAAAGCAUUGUGUUAAUUUAUGCCCAAAGAGAAACCAUGUGGGGCAUGGCCCAGCCUUGCAACAAGCUGAUUGCUUGGUCCACAUUGAUGUGGAUGUGUCCAUGAUGCCACGCAUUGGGUGGAAUUAGAGGUUUCAACCAGUACUGAAGGGGUAUCUCUCUGAGCAGACCCAACUGAAGUAGACUGUGGACUGAGUCGAACACUGCCCCCAAAAACAAAGUUUGCUGGCUGGGGGACAGAGAGCUCUUGGGAAAAUUGAUCCUGAGUCUGAGUAGAUCUCUAAUUGGCUGAGUAGGAGGGACAUGUGGGGUAUUAGCUCUCCCUCCGAUUAUGCUAAAACGAGCCAGUCAUCAAGGUAAUUUAGAAUACGGACUCCCAUCUGUCUCAGAGUGGAGACGGCCAUGUCUAUGCACUUCAUAAGUGCUGGGAGCCAGAGACAGCUUGAAGGGCAGGACCGUGUAUUCAUAAGCUGCUUUCUCGAAGGCGAAUCUCAAGAAUUGUCUGUGA